UGUUUGUUUGGCAAUUCGACACAGACUAUAUGAAAGCUGCAUUUUUUCAUGAUUCAUUUCAAAUAUUGCUAUUAAUAUAAGUAAAAUUCUAGUAUACAGGUAAAAGUUUUAAAUUUAUAGAUCUGUUGCGUUGCAAUGGCCGAUAUAUUAACAGUUGUUCUAAAGCAGUAUAGCAGAGAGUCAAAGGAUUUAAAACUUCCACCGCUGUCAGAUUAUACAUCUUGCGUGGUCGUGGGAGAGUGUGACAACCUCAAAAAGUCGUUGUUGUUCCUGACUGCACUUACUGCAGCCUCCGAGCUUGGGCUGAAGGUGCUCUUUCUUAGCCCGGCUCCGAUCGAGAGUCUCCCGGGUGUGCUGCAGGGCGCACUGGCCAGGCUGAGCCCGGACGAUCUGAAGAAAGUAAAAUUCAAGUACCCCCGGUGCUCGGCGGAGCUUCGCUGUGAGAUAGCGGCCCUGCACGAGCUGGACGCGCCGCCGCCGCCGUCCUUAAUCAUCGUGGACGGGAUGGAUCUGUAUGUGGGGGCAGAGGGAGGACUGCUGGCCGCGCAGGCGCAGUCCGCUCACAUCUCAGCCCUGCUGCUCGACACCGCUGCCUUCCUGACACAGAGGGACACUGCGGCCCCCUGUUAUGUUAUAACGUCCUUCCGACCGGAGCAGGAGGGCCGGACUGCAGGGGAGUCACCGGCUCCAGACCCCGUCCUCGCCGUCAUAGACCGCUAUUUCCCUGUGCGCUGUACUUUCACAAAGGGAGGUACUUCCUCCAGUUUGGGGUGUACGACCGAGAUAAAGGAGACGUUGCAAGUUUAUUUUUCUGGCGUGGGGCUCAACGCCACUCCCCCUCUUACUAAGACUGACGAAACACAUUUUGGACAACAGUGGAGUUUGUCAGUCUCACAAGAUGGCGCGAUGGAGUUUUCUGUCCUCAGAGUGAAAGACUGAUCCAUUAUUAUUUUAUACAAAUGGUCAGAAAUGGUUCAUGCAUUAAUUUACAGUGGCUGCCCGAGGAACAACCAAAGCACAGGAGACUAGUUCAUUGCUGCAGUAUAGUUCUUCCAUUUAGUUUGGAAAUCCUUAUUCCAACAAGCCUUUUAGGGAAAGAAGAAAUGCCACAGUUUUCUUGUAAAUCAUAUAAGAAAAUAAAGUCUUGCAUUAUAUAAGAAAA